GGGAAAUGUCCGCGUGAAUCUGACUACUCAAGGUUGUUGAAAUAAAAGAGGGUUGAAUUUAGUUGCAUGGGAUUAAAGUGAACUUGAUAAAUUUCUUUGUUCAAUUUUGGAUUGAUUCGACUCAUCAGGUGUUGUGAACCGGUACAUUUUCAGUUACGGUUGUUGACUUCCUAACUACUGUUUAACAAGUUGAGUAAUGACAAUUUCGUCGAUAGUAGAACAUAGUAACCACACAUGUGGUCGAUUUCAAGUCACGCCUAAUUCAUUCAGUUUUAAUCGUCAAUAUACCCAGAUCUAUUUGGCACGUCUUACUGCAGCCAAGGCAGUGUUGAAAACGUUGGCUGAACAGAGAUGGUCAACUUCAUCUAUAAAAUCUGAGGCUUCGCAUUUCCCCGUUCGAACAUUAGCUGACCUAAAUGGAGAUGAAAAAUGCAUAAUAAUUGGCACACUUUUCAAGGAAAUGCGUUUAAAACCUAGUGUACUACAUGAUAUUGCAGCGGUAGAAAUUGAAAAUAUUGAAUCAGACAUUCGCAUUUCUUCAACUGAUACUCACUCUUUGGUUCAUCUCACAUCGGACGAUGAUUUACUUUUUCUUGAAGAUGAAGUACAACGUAUUGCUUUGAGUUUCUGUAGUCAGAUUUCAAAACUUUGGUCUCCAGCUAAUCUGGUUACAGGAGUUGUGGUUGCAGCUCUUGGUUACGAGCCUGAAUCUCAACCCGGUUCUUUCUACGUUGAGGACAUGUUGUUCUUAGAACCUCAACCUGAAAAACCUAUUUAUGUUCAAGAAAUUUCCCAUAUUGACGUUAACACAACAGAUUUUCGCAACUCUGGACCUUGGGUUGGUGUUGUCAGUGCCUUAGGUUUUGCAGGUAGUGGUCAAGUAAAACCGGGACAUUCAAUAGCUCUUCAACUUCUUGCCGAUUGGAUACGUUGUGCUGGAGACUUCCAUGGUUCAUCAGAGUCACACACUGAUUCUGGUUUGAUACAUCUUCUGAUUUUGGGUGAUUCAAUUCAAGCAUCAAAAUCAAGUAUAGAUAAUGAUGGUGAUAAGUGCACCCCAGCUGUACGUCUUACACAGCGUGCCCGCUACUUAACUCGUAAUGCCGAUGCAGAAACUGUAACCGCUAUGGCUCGUUUUGAUCAGUGGUUAGCCAGUCUCCCUAUAGGAUCAGGUUGUAAAGAUAAUGGCACUGAUUUUAAUGGUAUAUCGAUAGAUUUGUUGCCGGGACCAUCUGAUCCUACUUCAGUCCUCAUGCCACAACAACCGAUUCAUUCAGCCGCAUUACCUUGUGCCGUUUCCCGUUCUGGUGGUGUUGGCACUGGAAGUUUAUGUGGUCGAACAAAUCCUUAUAGUUUUAUGUUGAGAAAUCGAAAUAUUCUGGCUACUUCUGGUCAGGGUGUAAAUGAGUUAUAUAGAUAUACAAAACUAGAGAAUGCUUGUGACAGGAUGGAAGCUACUUUACUGUGGGGUCACUUAGCUCCUACUUGUCCUGAUACUCUGGGGGGGUAUCCGAUGACCAAUGUCGAUCCACUUCUUCUCCGUUCAUCUUCCACUUCAUCUGCUCAAAACUUUAGUCCUGACUAUCCUGACAUAUACAUAGCUGGUUGUCAAUCUGAAGAUCGGCCAUCUUGGCGACGUGCCCGCUUAAAGUGGAGUGAGGAGAUAGAUAAAAAUAACUGUGGUUGCUUAUUGGUAUCCGUACCACGUUUUGAUUCGACUUUCUCUUUCGUACUUAUCAACUUAAAAUCACUUGAUUGUCGUGUAGUUCGCUUUGAUUCAAGUUUGUUAGAUGAAAAUUGAUGACGAGAGUAUAAAUAUAUCAUCUUACUUUUGUAUGA